CUCGUAAAAGUGAGGUUAGGUGAAUUGUUUUUGCGGAUGAGAACGUUGUUUGUGUGAAAAAUCCACCAUUCAGCCGCAUCAGGAUGCCGUUUAUGAAGGGAAGAGCCCCCAUUAGGAGGACAAUUGAGUACCUAACCUCAGGGAGAUUAAUGCUGAAGAAGAAUGUUCGGAUUUUCAGCAUAAAUUACAACACAUUCGGGGAGCACCAUAAAGGCGCCAGGGAUUAUGUCUUUUGGAACUUAUCUCAGCUCCAGUACAAAAAUCCCGAAGUUCAGGUUGUUACCUUCAAAAAUAUGACUCCUUCGCCCUUUAUCCGGUGCUACUUUGAAAAUGGCAAAGACAUUAUAAUAGACAUUGACAGUCAAUCCCGGGAAGAUAUUGAAGCUCACCUGAUGCGUGUGCUGGGAAAAUCCGAAGAAGUUCUCGAAGCAGAAGCAAAGGCAGCUGAGAAAAAGGAUAAUCCGGCAAAUUUUGGCUUUGGCUGCUCAAAGAGGUGCAUUUGCAACAUCCCCGGACAAGUUCCCUGCCCAGGGGUUGUACCCCUACCCCAUCAUAUGCGUGGGAAGUAUAAAUACCAACAAAAGGAUUGAGUUUCAUGGUGAGUUUAUUCUUUAGAAUUACAUUUUUUUUUGUAUAGGAAAUAAAGGCGCCUUAGCGCUUUGUAUGACGAUUGUA